CUCCACAACUCGACACCCGAAGAUGGAAAACUUUGAACCGCAUUGUUGACUUUUGAUCUUAGUCAGAGGCUAUUUGAUCUUCCUUCUGGUCCUAACAAACCUCUUCCUCUUUUGUGCAUCACGUUCAGCCCAUCCCCGGCGUUGAUCAUUGACCUGAAUCACAUACCUGAACUUCCCGAUCCUGACCGAGGCGUUGCGCUCACGGUUAUUUAUUCCUCGCCGCCAAAAAUUCUUCGCCCCGCUCUUUUCUCUUCCCUUCUUUGACAAUGUUGGACCAAAUGGCGAACGAAAUCAAACUCAUCUCGGGGAGCUCCCACCCGGAGAUCAGUGCCAAGGUCGCCAGUCGACUCGGCAUUGAUAUCGCAAACACUAUGAGCUUGAACUACUCCAACCGAGAGACUAGUGUUUCUAUCGGAGAGUCUGUUCGUGACGAGGACGUGUUUAUUCUUCAGUCUACUGCUCCUGGAGAUGUUAACGAUGGUCUCAUGGAGUUGCUCAUCAUGAUUCAUGCUUGUCGAACUGCCUCGGCCAGACGGAUCACUGCUGUUAUUCCCAGCUUUCCUUAUGCGCGACAGGACAAGAAGGACAAAUCACGAGCUCCUAUCAGUGCUAAGCUGAUUGCAAACAUGCUCCAGGUUUCUGGUUGCAAUCAUGUUAUCACAAUGGAUCUUCACGCCUCGCAAAUUCAGGGCUUCUUCAACGUCCCCGUGGACAACCUCUACGCUGAACCUUCCGUCCUUCGCUGGAUCCGCGAGAACCUCAGUGUCGACAACUGUGUCAUCGUUUCUCCCGAUGCCGGUGGAGCCAAGCGUGCUACAUCUCUUGCUGACCGCCUGAACACCGGUUUCGCUCUCAUCCACAAGGAGCGACCCCGACCCAACGUUGUUGGUCGCAUGGUUCUUGUCGGCGAUGUCAGCGACAAGGUCGCCAUUCUUGUUGACGACAUGGCCGACACCUGUGGCACUCUCGCCAAGGCUGCUGCCACAGUCAAUGAGCACGGCGCCAGGGAGGUGUAUGCGAUUGUUACUCACGGUAUUCUGAGUGGUAAGGCCAUCGAUACCAUUAACAACUCAUGCCUCUCUGGUCUCGUUGUCACCAACACUGUUCCUCUGGGUGACAAGAUUGAGCGAUGCCCCAAGCUCAAGGUCAUUGAUGUGUCCGGAACACUUGCUGAGGCUAUUCGACGAACUCAUAACGGAGAAUCCGUGUCUUACCUCUUCAACAACGUCCCCGUUUAAAGUCCUUAGAUACUAGAAAGCAAGGUGAAAAAACAAGGUUAUGGAGUUGGUAGGUUUGGUCGUUUCGAUGAAGCCGCAGUUGCGAACUAACAGCCAGC